GGACGGGGCGGAGCGCGGCCGGCGCCCCGGAGCCGGACGCGGGCGCCGCCCACAGUGCUACCCGGCCAGGCCCGAGCGGCAGCUCGCUUCCGCGCCAUGGGGCGGCUGGUGGGACUGAGCUUGCUGGGGAUCACGCUGGGGCUGGUGGGCGAGAGGCUCCUGGCGCUCAGGAAUCGACUUAAAGCCUCCAGUGAAGUAGAAUCCGUAGACCUUCCAAACUGCCACCUGAUUAAAGGCAUCGAAGCUGGCGCUGAAGAUAUUGACAUCCUUCCCAAUGGUCUGGCUUUCCUAAGUGUGGGUCUAAAAUAUCCAGGACUCCACAGCUUUGCACCAGACAAGCCUGGAGGAAUACUAAUGAUGGAUCUAAAAGACGAAAACCCGAGGGCAUUGGAAUUAAGAAUUAGCCGUGGGUUUAAUUUGGCUUCGUUUAAUCCACAUGGUAUCAGCACUUUCAUAGACAGCGAUGACACGGUUUAUCUCUUUGUGGUAAACCACCCAGAAUUCAGGACUACAGUGGAAAUUUUUAAAUUUCAAGAAGAAGAUAAUUCUCUUUUGCAUCUAAAAACAGUCAAGCAUGAGCUUCUUCCAAGUGUGAAUGAUAUCAUAGCUGUUGGACCUGCACAUUUCUAUGCCACCAAUGACCACUAUUUCUCUGAUCCUUUCUUAAAGUAUUUGGAAACAUACUUGAACUUACACUGGACAAAUGUUGUUUACUAUAGUCCAAAUGAAGUUAAACUGGUAGCAGAAGGAUUUGACUCAGCUAAUGGAAUCAACAUUUCACCUGAUAAAAAGUACAUCUAUGUAGCUGAUAUAUUGGCUCAUGAAAUUCAUGUUUUGGAAAAACAGCAUAAUAUGAAUUUAACUCAAGUGAAGGUACUCAAGUUGGAUACCCUGGUGGAUAAUUUAUCUAUUGAUCCUUCCUCGGGGGACAUCUUGGUAGGCUGUCAUCCUAACGGCCAGAAGCUCUUCAUUUAUGACCCGAACAAUCCUCCUUCCUCACAGGUUCUCCGCAUCCAGAAUAUUCUCUCAGAGAAGCCUACAGUGACCAUAGUUUAUGCCAACAAUGGAUCUGUUCUCCAGGGAAGUUCUGUGGCCUCCGUAUACGAUAGGAAGCUGCUCAUAGGCACUUUGUACCACAGAGCCCUGUAUUGUGAGCUCUAACGUGGACUUUGGGUAUCCAAGUGUGCUCACUUCUCUUAACAAUUAGUUUCCAAUGAAUGGCUCGUUCUGAGGGAAUUUAACUAGUAAAGCUGAGCCAGGAUGUAUGACGUGUAUAGUUCAUUUUAUUUCAGGCAUGAAAGGCCCCUUCAGUCCUUGUUGCACUUUUAACAUAAAGGAAAAUGAACAGGUUUUUUU